UGUCCAUCUAGCUAUCCAGAAAUGGCUCAAGUUGUGAACAAUAAUUAUCUUUAUGAGAUGCAAACGAUAAUGUAUCCUUGAUAAAUCUAUAGGAAAUCUACCAGUAAGACGUCAGGUCCAGGUCUGAUGCCUCCACCCCGAGCAAGGACCCAGACAUCACGUUUGGCUAGCCAAAUUUCUUUCAGAUCUCGUGAGAAGCAUCCAUUUGAAAAAGAAGUUGCAUUAACUGGCUUUUCAAACCUGGGGAAUACAUGUUAUAUGAAUGCCAUUCUUCAGUCACUGCUUGGUGUGCCGCCCUUUGUUCAGGAUCUUUCAAACAAGGCUUUGUUGGAAAAUGUUCAUCCUCAGGGACUGUAUAAUUGUCUUUACAAUGUGUUAUGCUGCAAGAAGAAAUGUGGAAAUCCUGAGGUGCUAAAAACUUGCUUGAGGAAAUUAAAAAAAACAAUCUCAGAGGCUGCCACUCGUUUCUCAGGAUACCAUCAACAUGAUGCUCAUGAAUUCUUGUGUCAAGUGUUUGAUCAGCUGAAAGAUGAUGUUAAUACUUGCGAUUCACCCUCAUCUAAAGAUGCUUCUAAAGAGAGCAACAAUGUGGUAAGAAAUGAGUGA